CCGCACAGCUCCAGCUCCUCCCGCAGACCCAGCUCCUCCCGCACAGCUCCAGCUAUUCCCGCACAGCUCCAGCUCCUCCCGCAGACCCAGCUCCUCCCCCAGGACCCAGCUCCUCCCGCAGACCCAGCUCCUCCCUGCGGCGAUGGCGGAGGCGGGGCAGGGCGGCUGCGGCCCGGAGGCCCUGGGUCACUUCCUGAGGCUGCGGCGCAUCGCGGCGAGAGACGGGGCGGCCAUCCGCUGGUUCCACGCCGCCAACAGCAAGGCCCGGGCCAGGGAGGCCGCCAGGAGUGAUGUUCACAUGAUAGAAGCAGAUGUUCUUCUUCGUGGUGGCAGGGAAGGAAAUGGAGACCCGAUCAUGGCUCAUCCACCUGAAACAGACAGUGACAACACGUUGCAGGAAUGGCUAGAAGAGAUUGUCAACACAAACAAAGGCAUCAAGCUGGAUUUUAAGAGUCUGAGCAAGGUGUCUCCUCUCCCCACCUGUUGCUGGUACAGUCUGGGCGCUGUGCGACCUUCCUUGGAGCUUCUGCAGCGUGUGAAGCAGCAUCUGAGGAGGCCUGUUUGGAUCAACGCAGACAUCCUGCCAGGACCUAACACAGAUAAUGCUGGAAUGGAUGCAGAAUUGUUCCUUGGCACUGUCACUUCAUUUUUCCCAAACGUAACCUUAUCCCUGGGGUGGACAACUGGCUGGCACCCUGACAAACACAAUAAAGGAUAUGAUUGGAUGAUGGUGAAAGAAAUGGCUCAGAUAUGCAACUCACUUCCCCAGCUUGUAACUUUCCCUGUGAGAGCAGCAUUAGUACGACAAUCAAUAUCUGAGCUAUCCUGGUUAGUGCAACAGUCUGACAGAUACAGCCUCACUGUUUGGACAGGAAAGGAAGAUGUGUAUUCUGUAGAAGAUUUGCUUUACAUCCGAGAAAACUUUGAUAAAAGUAGGGUUUAUUAUGACAUCUUAGAGCCACAAAAUUCUGAAUUCAAAAAAGCCAUAGGAGUAGAAUGAUUAAUACAAAGCAGGCAACCUUACAAUAUUUAACCUCUUCAGACAUGAAGAUUUCUUGUUUAGGGAAAUGCUUUUUCCUUCCCAGAAUAAUUUUAAUAUUAUAGAACACAGCUGUGAUCAUUGAAGAAAUUUAUAUAUAACACUUUAUUGAAAGGCUUCUCAAAUAGAAAUUGAAUGCCUUCUUUAAUAGGUCAGAAUUGUUAAUUACUCAUCACAUUUAUAAUUACUCAUGCACCCACUGGCAUGUAGUACAGGCUACUCAAGUGACCUGAAUGUUUUAGUAUUUCUUCCCUGCAAAUGUAUAAAAGGGAAAAUGGCCCCAGCAGAUACUCAUGGACCAAAGGAAUUUGCUGCUAACUGGUUUUCUGUAAACCAGAGCCUGUGGGUGAAGUGCCAGGGUUUGGACAUUAGGCCCAAGCCAGCAUUGACCUAGAGAUGAACCCUGUAUAUUUUAUAGUUAUUAACCUUUAUAGUGAUUAACUUCUGUGGUAUAAUUUAUUAGUUCAAACUAUCACUCACAAACCGCUUAUGCUGAAGACAACCCCUGAUGAGGAUAUUUGAGGAUCUUCUGUGCUUAGCCACCAUAUUUUAGACCACUGCUGAUGAAGUGUCUAGAAAUCUCUUGUGUAACUGUGAAACAGACUAAUAAAAUAGAGCUUUUGCUGGUAAGAUGUCUAGGCACAGUAUUUCAGGGAACCCCACCAACUGCAGUCUGGGCUCUGGCCACGUCCUGGUCUCCUUGGUUGAGGGAGGUGCCACCAGAUGUUUCUGCACAACAAUAUGCAAGUCAUUCUGGCUUGCUGAUCUGGCAUUAGAAAGCUGGGACCCUCUUGCAGCCACCUUUGGAGACCUCCCCUAGGAGUGGACACACUGUGUAGGAUUUCCCAGUUGCUGGGAGGGCUCUCCAGACCCUCCCUGCAGGCAGGGCUCCCCAGCCACUGCUGGCCUGGGCGAUGGGGACGUAUUAAGGGCAAUUGGUGAUGUCUCUUUCUUCAUCACUACAGCUGCUUCCUGUGCUCUGUAGUAAUGAUUAGAUGCAUUGCUGUGUUUUGCCCCAACUUUGCUGGAAGUGUUUUAGUUGGGUGUAUUUGUUUUUAACAAAUGUAGUGUGUGUCUGUUGCGGGUUUUGUAUCAUUUUUAACCUUAGCCAGUAAAAAUAAGCUAACUUCCUUAA